CAGGGUAUGACGUUUUGGGAGUUUAUUUGUGGGCCACCUGCCUGUAGGUAAUGAAUUUGUUAAACCAAUGGGAGACCUAUGCCCUUGCCAUAUAAAAUGUUACAAACGUGGUGCAAAUAUCGUCUCCUACCAAAAUCCCUAUCAAAUGCUCCUGAUGAGUUUGUAAAAUUCUAUCAACAAGGAUCACCUAACUCUAUAAAAAAACUUGAUCACCGCUUGUAUCAAGGUCUGGAACCAAAAAGAGAAGGAUUCAAACGCUUUGUGGUUAUUUCUGAUACUCAUAAUCGAACCUCUAUCGAGACUGAUAUACCUGAUGGUGACGUUUUGUUGCAUUGUGGAGAUGCUACAAUAAGAAGCUUUAAAAAGGAAUUUGUGUCAUUUAAUGAGUGGAUAGGAGCAUUGCCUCAUCCUAAGAAGAUUGUGAUUGCAGGAAACCAUGAUAGGUUCUUGGAACUUCGCCCUUUAAAUACAUUCUUUAAUGUAUUUGGUGCCUCUGACAGGGAAGAGUUAUUGGAAGAGUUUACCAAUUAUACUUACAUUGAAGACGAAAGUAUUAAUGUGCAUGGUUAUACAAUUUAUGGAUCACCAUGGACUCCAGUACAUUUAGGAGGUUUUCAGAAGCAAAGAGGAAAAAGUAUCAGAACUAAAUGGGACAUGAUUCCAAGUAACACCGAUAUUCUGCUGACUCAUGGACCUCCGGUAUCUGUUGGGGACUUAACCAAGCAUGGCGACUAUGCAGGAUGUGUUGAUUUACUUGAUCAAAUUCAAAAUAGAAUCAAACCCCUCUUUCAUUGCUUUGGUCAUAUCCAUGAAGGUAAUGGAGUUUACACAGAUACAACUACAACUUACAUUAAUGCUGCUAUCUGUGAUAUUUCUUACAAAGCAAGACAACCUGCUUAUGUUUUCGAUCUUCCUGAGAAGAAUAACGAGGACUAUGAUUUGGAGCCUCCUCCAUAUCAUCUUGAAGCAGCUGAUGAAUAGACAAGAAAUCGACGUUUGCAAAUUUCUGCAAUCGUGUGCAACUUAUAGUUAUAGGUAAAAAUAGGUUUAAUAAUUUGGUUGACUUAACCUGAAUAAACCUGAGCACGUGACCCCUCCCCCUAGAUGACCCCCAAUUCUAAGGUGACCCUUAAGAAUAUGCACCUAAACAGGUCUAAACUAUCUGUUAGUUGUUUAUGCAGUGUAACAGAAUAUUGUUUCAGUAUGUACAUAGCCUGAUAUUGACGAAAUGUGUUUUAUUUUGAUAAGUGUACACUAUUUAUAGCAAAUACAUUGUAAUGCUUGUAUAUAUUAUUAUAUAUAUAUAAUAAUGUCUGUAUAACACACGGAUUGUAUCUAUAAUUAGUUUUGUUAACUAGGCGUAUUAUGAUGUAAUGCCGUAUUGUUGAUACUCACCGUUUAAAUAUCAUGUACACACUCGUUCGUUCAUCAUGGCAUCAUGGUCUUGGUAUUACUUGAAAACUUACCUUACGAAUUGUUGGUACGAAUCGCUAAAAAUCUGCAAGCAAAAGAUCUUUCUCAAUUUGCAUUAGUGUCAAAGUAUUUUAGAUGUCUUAUUUUUGAUGACAGCGUGUGGUUUCAUUUGUCAGUGCACGAAUUUCCUGUGUUAGACUUCUCAAAAAUUCAAGUUCAAAGAUCCAAGAUGAUGUAUUAUGAUCUGGUAAUCCACAAGAAACUGAUUGGUAUCUGGCAGAACGACCCAUCAGGUGUGAUGCAAAUAAAAAUAGCUGAAACAGGACUGAUAGGACAAAGGAUAAAACUAAUUUGUGGAGCGUACGGUCAGUAUCCAUAUCUUGUCUCUGCUGGUAAAUUGAAACUAACAUGGGACCCUGAACAGGGAGCAUUUGAUCGCCCAAUUGCGAUGCUUUCUCCUGGUGGUAGUUGGAUAAAAUGCUUUCUCUACUUCUCCUCCAACCAUCUCUUGAUACGGGAGUCUCUGGGUUCAUUUACCCCUAGUCUCGCAGAAACAUUUCAUAAGAUUCCAACUGUUUUAACAAAAUCACUGAGGAAAAACUUGAUACAGCCAGGUUUGUUCGUGUCCUCUGGUGGCCAGGUAGAAUGUCCGAUCGUCAUUGUAACGUACACACCUGAUAUGGAACAUAUGAAUGUGAAGAAGGUUUCGGAAUACUCUGCUUUGCAGUUGGGAACAGAAUCUGCGAAAGUUUCAAUAUCCAAAUUUUGUGAUACAUCUGUUAUAUUCGAAAAUGAAGACCUCAACAGAUUUAAUAACUCAUCUCAUACAAGUACAAGAGAGAUCUCUUCAAGAUUAGAUGCUUUUUCAGGUGGUGUCUUGAAAAGGCUCUGUCCAACAUAUAAGGCCGUGUACUCUUGCUUGGUAGAAUCCACAAUCCAACCUGGGCGGACAUGCCAAAAUUCCGGAUAUUGUAUUAUUCUGAAUAAAGAUCUGUUCACAAUAUUUAAUUGUGCAUUAGGACGUUUUAGGCUUUAUUUUAGAUUGGAAUCUAUACUAAAUAAUUAAAGAAGAGUUGAAUGUUGAUUAAGAUUUAAGUUCAUUAAUAAUCAGAUUGUCUGUAAUUAGAUAACGAUAAUUCCGAAAGCUUUUUAUUUCUGUAUCGAAAUUUCUUGUAUUUAAUUUGAUUUUUGUAAUGAUUAAAUACUGUUAC